GCGAAUGUGCUUUGCAAAUUGGGUGUUCCUGUGGCUUGUUGUGGUUGAUCAGUGUUGCAUGACUUCUUCAAAUCAUGGCGAUCCCAAUAGCCAUCUUGGACUGCGAUCUACUCUUACACGGUCGAGGCCACAAGACCCUGGACCGCUUUGACCUGGACUCUGUUCCAGACAAUUUCCUCCUCACGCAAUUUGGCUUCCCCAAAGAGUUUAUUCUGUAUCUAGUGGAAAUACUCCGAGAGGCUCUGUGUAGACGUACUCAGCGGUCCAGAGCCAUCAGUCCUGAGGUCCAGGUGUUGGCUGCUUUGGGCUUCUACACAUCUGGGUCAUUCCAGACAUCUAUGGGAGAUACUAUAGGGAUCAGCCAGGCAUCGAUGUCAAGAUGUGUGUCUAACGUGACCAGAGCCCUUGUAGAGAAAGCUCCACAGUUCAUCACAUUCAACAGAGAUUCCUCCAGCACAGACCAGUCCUUCCAGGAGUUUCAGAGGGUGGCAGGAUUCCCAGGAGUUCUGGGGGUGCUGGACUGUGUUCAGGUCACCAUCAAAGCUCCAAACAGUGAAGACUCCUCAUACGUGAACAAGAAGGGGUUUCACUCUGUGGGAUGUCAGCUGGUUUGCGAUGCCAGAGGGUUGUUACUCAGCGCCGAAACACAGUGGCCAGGUGGACUCAGAGACACUGAUGUUCUAGAAAGAUCUGCUCUCCAGAAACAGCUGCAGGAAUCAGAGGAGGGCUGGCUGCUGGGUGACCGUCGUUACCCUCUAAGGAAGUGGUUAAUGACCCCAGUGGACUGCCCAGAAUCCCCCGCAGAGCUUCAAUAUAACCUGGCCCACACUGCUACACAUGAGAUAGUGGACAGAACCUUCAGAGCCAUCCAGACCAGAUUCAGAUGUUUGGACGGCACCAAAGGAUACCUACAGUAUUCUCCAGAGAGGAGUUCGUCCAUCCUGCUGGCCUGCUGCGUUCUCCACAACGCCUCCCUGCAGUCUGGAUUAGACGCCUGGACUCUGGAGAGGACCGACCCUCUGGAGCAGCCCGAGUGUCUCGAACAGAGACCCGAGGACCGCGACAGCCAAGCAGAGGACCUCCAAAAACAGCUCAUACUCAAACACUUCAGCUAAACGGCAGGUCGAGGUCAAAGGGGGAUCAAGACUAAAUUAAGACUGUGACCAGAGAAUUAUUAUUUUUUUGAACAAGUUACAUAAAAGCAACAUUUAUAGCAAGAAAUUCCACAGACACAGUGUUGCUGAUGCAGAUUUUUUAUAUUUUGCUAGUUUCUACUCUACUGACUACACUAAGAUAACAUAGUUGUAUAUGGAACAUGCAAGACGCUAUACAACAAACCAAGACAACAUUAUACCCAAACGCAUUUCAAAUAACUGGAAGUGCUGGAUUAUUUUCUCUCAAACAUAUUCAUGAAGAGGAAUAAUCAAGCGCUCCCUGGUGUUUCACAGCUAUUUAAAUUGUGUGCAGCUGCUGUGUUAUCAAGGUUUCUUUACAAGUGGAAAAAAGGCACCCUCCCUUUAUGUUUUCAAUCCCUCCCCACUUUACAUCUUCUUUUUCACAAAUAUCAAAUUAUUUUCUCCAUUUGUUUUCUUCCCCACGUGAUUCCACAGGUUUAAAUUUUGGACUAUGUCACAAUACAAAAAAAAAAAACAAGGUCCUUAUUUACAACAACUGCACAUUAGGUUGUCAUUAGUUAUGUACACUGGUGAAU